AUGUCUUCUGCAUCUGCAGAGCAAGACUCGCAAGAGAUAACAAGAAGUAGCUGCCUUAUAGACUCCCGCAGUUUUGCUGCUGAUCUCAUUCACAUCGAAAGCGACGCGUCACCAAUGCUGGCCGAAGAGUAUCGCCCAUCUUCUCUGGAUGCUUCAUUUCAGAAUACAAAGGCUACGACGACCCGGAACGAACCGUUCCUACCUAAAAUGUGCCGCAGAAGGGGGGGGGGAGAUGAUGAUACUGCAGGUCAUCUUGAGCCAUCCAACAGGGAUCAACGACCGGGCUGGGAGUUCAAGCCGCACUUAUUUGCCGAUGACCUCAACGAGCUGGAGGCUGCUGAAGAGGAGGAGGCAUCAUCCCGUGCGCGGAGGGUGGAUUUGAAUAGUCAAUACUCGGUACGCGUGAGAGGGACUCUUCAGAGCGAGCCGUCUUCAGUGACUUCCAUUUACAAAUCUGGCCAGGUAGGAUAA